CCAAGCCAUCAUGGCGGGCAAGUUUGUGUGCUUGGCAGAUUUUGAGAAGUUUGCUUGCGAAUCGCUGGACAAAAAUGCGUUGAAUUACUACAAUAGCGGUGCAAAUAACGAACAAACACUUCGAGACAACGUGGAUGCAUUUAGAAGGUAUCGCCUGAGGCCUCGGUUCCUGAGAGAUGUUUCCAGGAGAGACACAACAACAACAGUGCUGGGUGAGCUGCUGGACUUCCCCGUGGCCAUGGCUCCCACAGCCAUGCAGAGGAUGGCUCAUCCAGAUGGAGAAGUGGCAACAGCCAGAGCUGCUGCCUCCAUGAGCACGGGGAUGAUCCUAAGUUCCUGGGCCACGUCCACCAUAGAGGAGGUUGCCGAGGCCUCAGCCGGUGGACUGAGGUGGUUCCAGCUGUACGUGUACAAGGACAGACAGGUGACCAGGAACCUGGUGGAGAGAGCUGAGAAGGCCGGGUACAAGGCCAUUUUCCUCACUGUAGAUACACCCAUCCUCGGCAAACGUCUAGAGGAUACCAGAAACAAGUUCAAGCUUCCAGCACAUCUCAGGCUUGCCAACUUCUCAGAAGGCGAUGUUCGAUCCUCGGGUGUGCAGAGUGACAGCGACUCUGGACUGGCAGCCUACGUGGCGUCCCUGAUUGACCCCAGUCUCAGCUGGGAGCAUGUAGACUGGCUCAGAAGUGUCACCAAGCUGCCCAUCAUUCUCAAAGGAGUUCUCACAGCGGAAGUUGCCAGAGAAGCUGUUGAACAUGGUAUAGAUGGGAUCCUAGUCUCUAACCAUGGAGCAAGGCAACUGGAUGGAGUUCCUGCUACAAUAGAUGCCCUAAGAGAAGUGGUUUCAGCAGUGAAUGGACAGGUUGAGGUGUACUUGGAUGGUGGUGUCAGAACUGGAACUGAUGUGCUCAAAGCCCUUGCACUAGGGGCGAGGUGUGUGUUUGUGGGAAGGCCUGUACUCUGGGGUCUUGCAUACAAGGGACAAGAAGGUGUGCAGGAGAUGCUUCAAAUGCUGAAGGAAGAGUUCAGUCUUGCUAUGGCAUUGUCAGGCUGUGGGCGUGUGUCUGACAUCACCCCUGCCUUGGUGGUCCAUGAGAGCUACUACCAGUCCAGCCUCCGCCAUGGUCCAACCAAGCAACAGUCAAAACUCUGACCAGGGCACAGUGUAUGGUAUCAAUCACCGAUAUUAUAUCAUUAAAAAAAUGGUAUUCAGUCAGUGCAAUCAUGGAAAAUCUAUUUUAAUAAUCAAGGUAACAUUAGAGUUUUAAGAAACAGUGUACUGUGUGGCAUCACAUGAAAAUGAAAUUGAUAUCAAAGGACUACAAACUGCAGACAGUAUUCCAACCAUUGUUUUCACCAUUAUGUGCAGGAUAGAUGUAGCUGUAGUGUCCAACUGUGUGAUUAUUAAAGACUAAAGAAAACUAUAAAAUGUAACUACAGAGAGCAUAGGCAUCUAGGGACAGUGCAAUUUACAAUGAGGCAAGUAUUUUCAUAAUGAAGAACAGCAAAUGCAAAGACAAGGAUAUCUUCACACAGGUUAACUUGCUCUUGAUGGUUACUCUUCUUUAUAGAGUAUUUCUUUAAUCAUCCACAUGCCAAUAAGUUGCAUAAGACAAAAGGUUUUUGUGUGGAAUAUAAUCCUAUAAGAAUGAUGCUUCUCUCUAUUGAAAAGCCAGUAUAUCACCAUAGAUAUGCAAUACACAUUUGCAAUACACAUUCAUGUUAGCCUGAUGAAAUGUAAGUGAUGAAUUAAUUAUGAUGACUGUAUGUCACAGAAAAGCAUUGCAACUUUCUUAUGUAAAUCAUAUAAAUAAUUGAUUUCUUUCAGAAAUAUAAUAAGUAUUUUCAAAGACA